UUUGUGUUUAAACCAGACUUCAAAAAAAAAAAGAUCUCUGUACCAAUAGAGGACUAUUUUCAUAAUGAAGAACUUGACUCUGAGGACAGUAAACUUCGAUUUGAAACGUAUCACUUGCUAUGGCAACGGAUGAAAUCUGAAACAGAGCAAUUACAGGAGGAAUUAAAUGAAAAUCUGUUUAAUAACCUAGUUGACUUUCUGCAGAAGUCCCAUUCUGAAUUCCAAAAAAAUUCCAGAAACUGGGGCUCUCAAAUGAAACUCAGAGAAAUUCCAACAGCUGCUCUUAUUCUUGGCGUGAAUGUCACGGAUCAUGAUGUGAUAUUCAGAAGUCUAACAGAGACCCUUCAGAAUAAUGUCACACCAUAUGUAGUCUCACUGCAAGCUAAGGAUUGUCCAGAUGUGAAACAUUUUUUACAAAAGUUGACCUCACAGUUGAUGGACUGCUGUGUAGAUAGAAAUUCCAAGGAGGUGAAAAGUGAUAAGACCGCCCAAAAGACAAAUUAUUCAAUGGAUUCCCUUUCUAGUUGGUAUUCAACAGUCACACAGAAGACAGGCCCAAAACUGACAAGCAAAAAGAGGCCAGCGUCUAGCCACUGGCAGUCUCCUCCUGUGGUGCUUCUCUUAAAGAGCAUGGAGAGCUUCAGCACAAGCGUACUCCAAGACUUCAUAACCAUCAGCAGUCAUCAUCUGCACGAGUUUCCUCUCAUUCUCAUUUUUGGGAUCGCCACAUCUCCUGUUAUUAUCCACCGGCUGCUUCCUCAUUCAGUGUCAUCUCUGUUGUGUAUAGAACUGUUCCAGUCUCUGUCUUGCAAGGAAUACCUGACAGUAGUUCUUGAUAAGCUGCUUCUUACACCUCGGUUUCCCUUUAAAUUAAGUAAAAAGGCAUUACAAGUUCUGAUCAACAUCUUUUUGUAUCACGAUUUCUCAAUUCAAAACUUCAUCAAAGGACUUAAGCUUUCUCUACUAGAACAUUUUUAUUCCCAGCCCCUAAGUGUUCUGUGCUGUGAUCUCUCAGAAGCCAAAAAAAGAAUAAAUGGUUUCUCAGUUAAUGAAUGUGAAGACAUCCGGCGCCUUCCUUCAUUUAGGAGGUACGUGGAAAAUCAGCCUUUGGAAAAGCAAGUUGCACUGUUGACGAAUGAGACCCUUUUAAAGGAGAAAACUCAAUCAUUAUUGGAAGAUCUGCAUGUUUACCAUAUCAAUUACUUCCUUGUUUUGAGAUGUCUUCAUAAUUUUACCUCUUCUCUUCCCAAGUACCCACUGGGUCGACAGAUUAGGGAGCUGUAUUGCACAUGUUUAGAAACGAAGAUAUGGGAUUCGGAGGAGUAUGCAUCAGCCUUGCAGCUGCUAAGAAUGCUGGCAAAGGAUGAACUGAUGAGCAUACUUCAGCAAUGUAUUGAGGUUUUGAACUCCUCUACUGAAAAGCAGCUUGGCAAUACAACACAGAAAAUAAAGGAUUUCCUGACACAGUUUCAGAACCUUGAUGAUAGCAAAGAAGAAGAGGAUGCUUGUGAAUCACAGCCAAAGGGGCUGCAGAAGACAGACCUGUAUCACCUUCAGAAGUCCUUACUGGAAAUGAAAGAGUUAAGGAGAACAACUAAGAAGCCAACCAAGUUUGAAAUGCUCAGAGAAAAUGUUACGAAUUUCAUCGACAACCUGGUGAGAGACUAUCUUCUGCCUCCUGAGAGCCAGCCUCUGCAUGAGGUAGUGUACUUCAGUGCUGCCAACACACUCCGUGAGCACUUAAAUGCUGCUCCAAGAAUCGCUCUCCACACUGCACUCAACAACCCUUAUUAUUACCUAAAGAAUGAAGCACUGAAAAGUGAGGAAGGCUGCAUUCCAAAUAUUGCCCCUGACAUCUGCAUAGCAUAUAAACUGCACCUGGAGUGUAGCCGGCUGAUUAACCUUGUUGACUGGUCAGAGGCUUUUGCAACAGUUGUGACAGCUGCUGAGAAAACAGAUGCAAAUUCUACAGUCUCAGAAGAAAUGAGUGAAGUUAUCCAUGCUCGAUUUAUUAGAGCUGUUUCUGAAUUAGAACUUUUAGGCUUUAUAAAACCUACAAAACAGAAGACUGACCAUGUUGCAAGGCUCACAUGGGGAGGCUGCUAAAAAGCAAACGAGUGAAGAUAAGAGUUCCACGGCUAACUUAAGAUGAAAAGCAAAUCUGGUAUAUUUGCAUAUUUGUAUCAAAAUGUUCUUGGAGUACUUCAAAAUCUAACAAAUACAUAAAGCCUAUACACAUUAUCAGUAUAAAUUACUUCCUUCUUGUCUAGUGUGCAGAUGCUACAACUUCUUACAUAGUUACGUCUCAGCAGCACCCACUCUAGAGAACUCGCAGCACUCACUCCGAACACCAGUGCACUGUAUAAAAUCAAUCUUGCAGCUGCUAGAAAGGCUCUAAAAUUUCCUCUGCCUCCCCAUUUCUUGUAGUCUUGGCAACUUACCAGGCCCAAAGCUAUUUGGCUUUAUACUUAAUAUAAAUAUUCACAUGAACCAGUAAGGGCCUUCACAAACUGUUGCCCUAACUUAAAAACUCAGAAAUGUGAAGGUCCAAUGGAAUAAUAUCUUGAUCUCUUUCAUGAUAAGAACUUAAGAAUCAGACACCUAAAGCUCAUUAUUUAAUGUUCAACCCUCAAGAGAAUUAUAACAAAAUUGUUCACAAAUGAUUCAGGGAGCCCAUGUCCAGAAAAAGCUUUUUUUUAAGCCUUUACUUUGACUUGUACUGCAGGGUAUGUGCCAAGAUAUGGUCAUGCCCCCAUCCCCAAGUGCUAAGAUUAUAUGGAAUUUACAUUAUGCUCAGAUGAGAAAACAUGUCUUUAAAUAAGACAACAUUUUAUGCAUAUAAAAUACAGAGGAACUGGCCUUAAUACUGGCUUAUUUUUAUCUUGUCUUUCUGGGGCAUAUGUUCUUGCUUAUAUUUUUCUCUUCCUAGGCAUUUACACCUGCAUUUGUGCAUGUAUGCACAUUGACUUUUCUCUCUACCACCUAAGAUUAACACAAUGGAAAUUGUUUUCAUACUAUCAAAAGGACCUGUAGGACUGAACCAUUAAACUGAUUUGUGUAAUUACUUGGUAUCCUAUAAAAUCAAUCCUUAGUUGAGGUGCAUGGCACUUCCUAGAUGUUUUAGGAAAGAUCAGUGUUUUCCUCGUCCUUUAUUUAGCAAAACACUAUUACACAUACAACAGAGUAAGAAGUAGGAUUGUCACUGUGGUUUUAAAGAGUGGGCAAAGCAAGCCUCACUUGAGGAGUAAAAAAAACCUACCCAGGAUUUAUGAGUGAACCCACCAAGCAGGGAAAAGCAGUAACCAAUGUCCUAGGGUGGGAGUACCCCAAGCAUCUCAAAGGCAGAGACAACUAGAAUGGGUAAGGGGUUCACACAAUGGGAAUGAAUGAAUAGGACAAGAGUAAUGAAAUGAAGCUGCAGGCAAUGAAGCUUGUUUUCUUAAGUAAGAAGCAAGAGAGUAAGCCUUUCAGUGAUCAAUGUGUUGUGAGAGCACAGUUAGCUGACCACUGACUAACCCAGGUGGGCAAGCCGUAGAGAAAUCCUAACAGCAGCAGGGCUGGUGAUACUGUAGAUAAACUACAAUUAGACGCUCUAACCUUAAGAUCCUUUCUGCUUAUAAAUGUAUAAAUAGCAUUGUAUCAGGGCUUGCUAUGGCCACUAUGGUGGCACUACUCCUUGCUUGUGGAAUCUCUAGAAACUAAAGUCUAAUGGGAAUUUCUCAAGUCACUGGGAGCAUGGCCCCGAGGAAAAGGGUCCAACAGUCCUCUUAGCUUUAGCUCUAAACUGGACUCCAGCCAUGUCUGCUGCCUCAUUAGAGACCAGAGCAACAAGGACAACUGAUCAUAUACUGAAACCUUCGAAAUGGAAUUAAAAUAAACUUCAUAGAUCAACCUGAGUAUUUUAUUGUAGUUAUGGAAGGCUAAUUGAUUAAAAUAAACAGCAGCAAAAAUGAGUUUGGCUUUGGAUAUAAUAAAAUCAGGAGAUACCUGUUAGAAACAUUCCAGUGAAAUGCUACACAGCAAGGUGAACAAAAUCUUGUUAUUAGAGAAGAGAUCACCAAAGUAAGCACUGAAAAGAGAGGCAAGGAGAUCCAACUCCAGGCUUUGAGGUUCGUGCUUAUUUAUAAUUAGAAAUUCAAGAGAACAUUGAAAGUGAAAGAAAUCAGGCAAGUAUCUUAGAAGUCAAGUGAAGACGUUGACCCUCAUAUAUUAGUCAUAGAUUAAAUUAAACAGUGCAGUAAUGGUAGGUAACUUGGUUAGUUGAAGAUAAACUUACCAGGUGAGCUAACCAAGUAUCAAACUGAACAGCAACCUGGGAAAAAGCCAUAUGCUUUACUUUAUAAUAUGGACUCCAUAGCAUCACCUUACAUUUUUAACACAAAAGGUUUACCCUAAACACUAAAACAGUUCACAAGUUAAGAACUUACUGUUCUUCUAAAGACCAGAAUUUGGUUUGUGCCAACCACAACCACAUCAGGCUGUUCAAAACUGCCUGAAUUCUAGCUUCAGGGGAUCUACCACCCUCCCUCUGGCCUCUGAGCAUUUGCACACCUAUGUGGACAUACACAAGUAUUAAAAUUUUUAGAUUGGUUUAGUUUAUAACUUCAAAAAGGACAGGUCAUGUUAAUGGUAGCAGAAAAAAAUACUCAAAGUACAGUUCAGUCUUUCCAGAAAGUUGGGAAUCUUGAUUGAAUCCUUGGGAAAAGAGGAGGGGUUGGAGUGCUAAAAGCACUUGGAAAACGGAGAGAUAAAUGCAGAUAGCAUCUACUUCAGAUAGACAGCUCGGGAGGUCAGAGAGAAGCAUGUAUGUUUGGAACUGACAAGCACAACUUCCGAACACGGUUUAGCAGUUUAUACUUGAAAAAUUCAAGUAGGUAAUGACACUAUCUGUUCAACUUCUAUGAAUGUUUUCCUAACAAGUUGAGGGCUAAAUUUGAAAGAUAAUGUGGAGAUUUUAGUUGACACAAUGCGGUAAGGGGAGAUACUAUUACCACUCUAGAAUGCACAGAUUCAUCCCAAAGUACCAAUAGUAUUGAGACUGAAAAUCUAAGUGUGAUAUCUGUUCACUUUAUAGCCAGCUGCCCUGUUUUAUAACUUGUGUUUCUUGUGCACUAAUGGACUUUCGAACUGCCUGGGAUCUUGUGAAGCCAUAAAACACACUUUGGGGACUUAUUUUUAAAUGAGGUUAGUAAGUUAAAAAUGAAAUAGUAUAUUUUAAGAUUAGUCUAAUGACUGGACGUAUGCUAUUAAAAUUCAAAGGGGGCCAGAGAGAUAACUCAGCAGUUAAUAUUUGCUGCUCUUGCUGAGGACUUACGGGAAUUUGGUUCCUAGCUGUUGGGCAGCUCAACAACUGGCUAUCUUAUGGCCUCAGGCACAUAAGCAUAUACAAAUAAAUUUUUUUUUAAAAAAAAAUAAGAAUUCACUGAGCAAUAUUGAGGGGGUAGCCUUUAACACCUAAUCUUGCCCCAACUACCAAUAUUCAAGUGUGUAGCUAAUACUUUCACAAAGUAGUGAGAAAGCUUUGUUUGGAAACCAGGUGUGGAAAGUUACAUUUAAUUCAUUAGUAUUAGUGUUUUGUGAAAGUAUUUAAUGUUUUAUGUAUGUGUGCUUGCCUGAGUAUAUAUGUGUGUACCACAUUCACAUGUGACCAUGGAGUUCAGAAAAGGCAUCAGUUGGUAAGCUGUUGUAUAGGUUCUGGGAACCAAACCAGAGCCUUCUGAAAAGCAACCAGAGCUCUUAACUGAUGAGCCCCGCUCCAGCCCUUAGGUUAAUUUUAUCAUCUCAACAGUACCUAGAAUUUUCUAAAUCUCAAGAAGGCUUGUCUAAAUCAGGUUAGCCUGUGGGUAUGUCUGUGGGUGACUGAAUUGCCUUAACUAGUUAGGAAGAGAGCCAACCAGAAAGUGGGUGGAGACAUCUACUGUACAUUUAUUCCUCUCUGCUCUUGUGGCUGCAAGCUCCUGCUCUUUUGAUUUCCCCACAGUGAUAUAGACCUGGAAUUUUGAGCUAACAUAAACACUUAAUACCCUAAACUGCUUUUUGCAGGGUUAUUUUAUAGCAUCAACUAGAGCAACCAUGCUUUCAUAUAUCAAAUCAUUCAAAAACAUCAAAACUGGAUUCAAAGGCAGUUCUACAGCUGUUUUAGAACUUGUUAUAUAACAUGCUGUUAUACAGCAAGUUACAGAAACAGUUUUUGAAUUAGAAUUUAAUUUCUGAAAACAGCAUUUAAAAGGUAAAUAUUACCAGAAAAUUAACUUCAUUGAUUUCUAGAAAAUACUUACAUUUAAAAACACUACUUUAUUCCAAUACUACUCAUGUGUACAAUUCGAAAACAGGCAGAAUAGAAGUAAAUGUUUUAUUUUUCCAACUAAACUCCAGUGCUACAAGGGCAGUAAAACAAUAAUACACUGGGGAGGGGGGUGCAGCAAUAAACAUUUGUUAAAAAGACUGAUAGAAUAAAUAAAACUACCAAAAAAAAUAAUAAUAAAGAAAAUCAUAUAAACCCAUUCUGAAACCCCAAGAAAAGUCCUGAAAUACAGAAAUGCCCUCCUCCUCCUCCACUAUCUCACAGAAGUACUGUAUACUAACUGCUUAAAUGUCCUGGGAUUACAUUCUAAGUUAUUAAUAACUGGUUACAGCUUGGUUGUAGUGCACAAUUAAAAUCACACUAACUUCAUCUGACGUGUCAUUCUACAGUUUUAUUUACAUAACCAGUGAAGGGCAUGUUCUAGAAUGCCAGCUUUAAUCCCUUUCAAACAUUAAUAUAAAGAAGCCAAAUUGUAAUGAUACAGCAAAACGAGGCCACUGGUAUUAAUACAAGUAGCAAAGGUCCACAUCCAGGUGGUAAUGACAUCACGGAAAUUUCCAAAACCAAUUGCUGCUGCCUAAAAGAGUGGUUGCCACUGACGAAAGCUUGAAAUAACCUGUAUUCACAGAUGGGUACUGGCAUUGCUGCAUGUCAUAGUUGGGACCUCCUGCAACAACUCAACAAGGAACAAGGCAGCCCACAAAUGCAAAAAGCGUGAUUCAUGAAACAUCUGGAGGAGAAAAGGAAUAUUAGUAUAGAGAAUGGGGCAAAAUGACAACAAACAAGAUCAUUCUUUCCUAACACCACUCCUAGAUAUUUAAUUUGCAGCAUUUUACUUCUGCUUUAAACUAACUUUUCUCCACACUUUUUAAUCAACCCUCUUCUUAAAUAUGAAAACAUGGGUCUUUUCAGUUUAUAGUUCAAAGGUCAAAUACUUACAACUAGCAGGCUGUUCUCCAUAUCGCCGCAUUAUCUGAUCAUGCGUAAACUUCACAAAUGCAUCAUACUGUUCUAUAAAUAAAGGUAGGUAUAAAUUACAUGACUUGCAAAAUGUCCUAUCUAAUCCUUUCCAUAACCUGAAUAGUAAUUGUGAACAGCUCAAUUAAGUGUUUUCCACAGGAUACAAAAUAAAAAUAUUUAAUACUGUAGCUGAUAUAUGGGCUUAGAGAAUGUUAAUUCCUUUUUUUACUGAAAUUCUCUGGUCCAUAGACAAGACUAUACUAAUGUAUAGAAAGAAUAGAUCAAUGUAAAAACUCCCCUGGGAAACGAUCCUUACAGUGAGCUUCUAGGUGUGGUGAUUUGAGUAAGAAUGGACCCCAGCAUUUUAUAUAUUUGAAUUCGAGUCACCAGGGAGUGGAACUCUGAAAGAAUUAGAUUAUAAGGUGUGGCCUCAUGUCACUGGUACUAGUGAUGGGGAUGUGAAAUUAGAAUGUAGCUCAAGUAUUGCUCUAGUACCUAUCUGUAUGCCGUACCUAUCUCCAAACCUCUAACACGAUAAAUAAGCAAGCUCCCUGUUCUUUCGUAAGAGUUGCCUUGGUCAGGGUGUCUCUUCACAGCAAUAGAACAAUGGGAUAGAACACUGGGAUAUUCUAAAAUAAACUCAUUUGUUACCUGCAA